GACGGGGAGGAGGAGAAGGCGGAGGCGCAGCGAGCGAGCGCGGGAGCCUCGCCGGAGCCGCGCGGGCUGCGGACCAGCGUGAUGCCGGCGGCGGCGGGGGACGGGCUCCUGGGCGAGCCCGCGGCGCCCGGGGGCGUCGGCGGCGCGGAGGAGGCGGCCAGGCCGGCGGCGGCCUGCGAGGGAAGUUUCCUGCCGGCCUGGGUGAGCGGCGUGCCCCGCGAGCGGCUCCGCGACUUCCAGCACCACAAGCGCGUGGGCAACUACCUGAUCGGCAGCAGGAAGCUGGGCGAGGGCUCGUUCGCCAAGGUGCGCGAGGGGCUGCACGUGCUGACCGGAGAGAAGGUGGCCAUCAAAGUCAUUGAUAAGAAGAGAGCCAAAAAGGACACCUAUGUCACCAAAAACCUGCGGCGGGAGGGACAGAUCCAGCAGAUGAUCCGUCACCCCAAUAUCACACAGCUCCUCGAUAUCUUAGAGACAGAAAACAGCUACUACCUGGUCAUGGAGCUGUGUCCUGGGGGUAACUUGAUGCACAAGAUCUAUGAGAAGAAGCGCCUGGAGGAGUCCGAAGCCCGCAGAUACAUCCGGCAGCUCAUCUCUGCGGUGGAGCACCUUCACCGGGUCGGGGUGGUCCACAGAGACUUGAAGAUAGAAAAUUUGCUACUAGAUGAAGACAAUAAUAUCAAGCUGAUUGACUUUGGCUUGAGCAACUGUGCAGGGAUCCUGGGUUACUCGGACCCGUUCAGCACGCAGUGUGGCAGCCCCGCCUACGCCGCGCCCGAACUGCUCGCCAGGAAGAAAUACGGUCCCAAAAUCGAUGUCUGGUCCAUAGGCGUGAACAUGUAUGCCAUGUUGACGGGGACCCUGCCUUUCACAGUGGAGCCUUUCAGCCUGAGGGCUUUGUACCAGAAGAUGGUGGACAAAGACAUGAACCCCCUCCCCACCCAGCUGUCCACAGGGGCCAUCAACUUCCUACGCUCCCUGCUGGAACCAGAUCCCGUGAAGAGACCAAAUAUUCAGCAAGCCCUGGCGAAUCGCUGGCUCAAUGAGAAUUACACAGGCAAAGUGCCCUGCAAUGUCACCUAUCCCAACAGGAUUUCCCUGGAAGACCUGAGCCCCAGCGUGGUGCUACACAUGACGGAGAAGCUGGGCUUCAAGAACAGUGACGUGAUCAACACCGUGCUCUCCAACCGCGCCUGCCACAUCCUCGCCAUCUACUUCCUCUUGAACAAGAAGCUCGAGCGCUAUUUGUCAGGGAAAUCUGAUAUCCAGGACAGUGUCUGCUACAAGACCCAGCUCUACCAGAUAGAAAAAUGCAGGACCACCAAGGAGCCCUAUGAGGCCUCCUUGGACACCUGGACCAGAGACUUUGAAUUCCAUGCUGUGCAGGACAAAAAGCCCAAAGAACAAGAGAAGAAAGGAGACUUUCUUCAUCGACCCUUUUCCAAGAAGCUGGACAAGAAUCUGCCCUCGCACAAGCAGCCCUCCUCAGCCUCGCUCAUCACGCAGAUUCAGAACACCAAAGCCCUGCUGAAGGACCGGAAGGCCACCAAACCUGUCUUCCCCGACAAAGACUCCUUUGGCUGCCGUGGUAUUUUCCGGAAGACCUCCGAUUCCAAUUGCGUGGCCUCUUCUUCCAUGGAAUUUAUCCCUGUCCCACCUCCCAGAACCCCCAGGACCCUAAAAAAAGUGGAGUCCCAUCAGCAAGGGCCUGGGAGCGCCAGCAUCCCUGCCAAGGAAGACCCCCUGAUGCUGGACAUGGUGCGUUCCUUCGAGUCUGUUGAUCGAGAUGAGCACAUAGAACUCCUGUCCCCAUCCCAUCGCUACAGGAUCCUGAACUCACCAGUGAGCUUGGGUCGCAGGAAUUCCAACGAGAGGACACUUUCCCCACUGCUGCUGUCUGGAAGUACGUCACCUCUCCAGACUCCUUUGCAUUCCACUCUGGUCUCUUUUGCUCACGAAGAUAAGAACAGCCCCCCAAAAGAAGAAGAGGUAUGUUCUCCGCCUCCAGUUUCCAUCAGUGGCCCCACGCAGCCUCUGGGGAGCCCCAACUGUGUCAAGAGCCGGGGCAGGUUCCCCAUGAUGGGCAUUGGACAGAUGCUGCGGAAACGCCACCAGAGCCUGCAGCCCUCUGUGGAGAGGUCCCUGGAGGCCAGCAUGCCUCCACUGCAGCCCAUGGCCCCCAGCAACCUCGCCUUUGACCUGGCUGAUGGGGUCAAGGGCCAAUGUUAACCUGGACCAGUGAGAUUCUGGGUCUCUGUAAAGAAAGCAGCAGAGCAGAACUCCACACAUCUGUCAGAGUGUGAACAAGGACCUCUUGUAUGCCUGUCAUGGAACCUCAGAUCAGCCCAAAUCCACACACCCAAAGCCUGCACAACCCAGCCUCACCUAGGGACUCCUGAGAUGCUGGAAAUCACCAGGAGGGCUGGCAACGGGGGCAGUCGAUUCCAGUCACAGACCGUCCUUCCUUCCACCCACUCACCAAGCCCUCUCUAUUGCACACUACUGGGCUCCGGGCUGAAAAACACACAUCAGACUAGACUGACCUAGACUGUUACAGAUCUUUGUUCCCUCUGUGCUGUUGGGUACCUCUCAGCAAUUGCUGUCUGCUCUGCAGUCGGGCCCAGCCUCAGAGGGACUCGGCAUCCAAGGUCUGCCAUCAAGGCCACAGUUUCCUUUGGACUGAAGUGGCCUUUCUCUUGGUAACUAACAGCAAAUCUCUGCAGCUCGUUAGGAGCAGUGACUCGAGUGCUAACCGAAGAGGAAUGCAGAGCAGCCCCUUAGAGUAAAGAUGGAGUAGUCUGGACCUGGAUGUAAGGAAAGAGCUGAAGGAAACACCCAUCCCGAGAAAGACUUUGGCGGUGGCGGUGGCGGUGGUGGCGGGGGGGGGGGGACUUGCUAAUGGCUGAACAAUCUUGUCCAAAGAAUUGUUUUCUUGAUGGGGUGUCAUUAAAUUGAAAUCAUGUGAUUUUUAGGAACCCAGCUGGAGAAAUGAAAAACAGUCUCACCAAAAUCGUAUUUGCCAGCAAGAACGCAGCCCAGAGGGCAGAAAAGCUGGCUCAGGUGGUUUUCAAUGGCAUUCGACCAAAGUGGCCUGCAGGAGGGGCAGGAUCCCUAUCGCCCAGUGCUCGUCCUGCUGUACCAACAGGGCCACCGUCCUCCUAGAAGGCAUGAAGCUAGCCGGUUCUUUGCAGACAGAGAAAGAAUGUUCAGCAUGAUUCAUAUGCGGAAAAGGAAACAUUACCUCUGUGUUCACACAGGAAAGAAGUGUGAUUUAGAGCUCAGCUCGUCUGCGGUGAACUGAGAACAGCUUGCCGGGCGGGGAACAUGUUCGAGUACAGGACACUUGCUUCUUCCAGGACCGCAGCGUCCCCCAAGCAGGGUUCCGUCUGUGUUGUGUUCUCACACCUUUUGCCAAGGAUUGAACCAAAGAUGUGUCUCCACUUCUGUGGCUGUGCUGUCCUUGUGUGUGCGUUUGUGGACCCUAGUGUGGUCUGGCUGCAUCCGGCUGGAGCCUGACGGGUACUUUCUUCACAGAAGGCCUGGGCCUGGCCUUCAGUCAUGGGCAGAAUUGCGAGAAGGGAAAAAGAGCGGCACGCUUUGGAAUGAGUGGAGUGGGAUGGACUGGUUGGAUAGCAGUCAGGUUAGGAGAUGGGUGAUGGAAUGGCCUAGAAUCUUCAACUAUUUUUUAUCCCCCUCCCCCUCCGCAGUACUAGAGAUUGAAUCGAGGGCUAGAAAAAUGCUCAAGCGCUGAGCUGUGACAUUGGCCCUUUUUAUUUUUUUAUUGUGAGACAGAGUCUCAGUUUCCCAAGCUGCCUUUAAACUCGCCAUUCUUUUGCCUCAGCCUCCCGAGUAGCUGGGAUAACCGGCAUGCGCACUAUUUCCGAAAGUGUCAGCUUCUUACUAGUAUGGAUGUUACCAGAGGCUCCACUGUGUCCACUCGGCUAGGUUGUUCCAGUCUGUUGAUUCCAAAGUGGGCCAAGUCCCUUGAGAACGGCAAACAGGCCUUCUUUUCCCCAGCAGGGAGCCCUCUGCCAGCAGAGGCGUCCUUGGGGCCCUCCCAGCUCUGACUAAGUGAAGAGAGACCAGAUCUCUAGUUAACUGCAGAAGCUACCCAGCUGUGCUGGCAAGACCUGGGGUUACUCAGUCCCUUGGACAGUAAUCACCCCAUCUCUAAGGCUACAUUAGGCAGACAUCAGUCUCCUGGCUGUUGGUGUUAUUCCUUUGUGUAGUUUCAGAGCAGUUUCUGAACUUUACUCUCAAAAUAGAGCUUUUUAAUCAGAGAAAAGAAAAGAAUCGUCCAGUAGAUCCUCUCUCUUUUUGAAACGCCAUGCUUGCUUUUCAGUGGGUAGAGAAGCCUUCCAUCUAGAUGGCGUCCGCCUGUAACUGCCUCUCCAAACAGGCUGGGAACGUGUGGACCUGUGCACACAUUCGCCUGUCCACCUUUGUCCACCUUUGUGUCUUUUUUCUUGCAUUUUACUUUCCUCGCCAGCCUGCGUGUUUCCAUGCCGCCGUUAGCUCGUGGAGAGCGUGUUGAUCAUUCUUCGAGAGCGGCUGCAGAUGUGGGACUGCCAGCCUGGGUUGCCCUUGGCAACGCGGACUCUGAGCUCAGGUUUACUCUGAACCAGUGAGAAGAGAAGGGAGCCGGGAGAGGGAAUAAGCUGUAUGUUUGGUGUGGGUGAGCACCUAAGAAAUCUAUGAAACCAAGUGAAAGGAAAAAAAAUGUUAAAUUCUUUAUUAUUUUAUUAUAUUUAUAUGGAAAACUUGACCAUCCCUUUGGUAAGUACAGAGUGUGUUGUCUGUCUGGCUCAUGACUGUCUCUCAGUUUGUCGGUGCCUGUGAUUGCAGUCAGCCUCUGGCUGCUGAUGGACAUGACCCAACUGCCGUGGGGCUAAAGUUAAGGAGGAAAAGUCCAUUUUAAUUGUAUGAUUUGGUCAUAAAUAAGGACCAUAUUUAUGUCACCUUUAUUGAAUAUAUGUACUUUUAUAAUGACUGUGAAAUACACUUUUUCCUCACUA